AUGUUCACUCGACAGUCUUAUUUGCUUGGGCUUGCGGCUUCCGUCGCUGCAAGUCCCGCGUUGUUGCAACGCGAAUAUAAUACAACGAAUACGUCCAUGGUUUACAGUUUCAAGGACGUCCCAGUCACAAAAGAUAUACAAUACAUCCCCUGUUUCGACAAUUACACAUGUACACAACUCGACGUACCUCUCGACUACGAAGACUUGGACGCCGGCUACACGAACAUUGCCUUCCAAAGGUAUGAAGCUGCGCAGCAACCCGCAUUGGGCGACAUCAUCUUCAACCCUGGCGGCCCGGGAGAGUCAGCCACCCUUAGCCUAAUGCAACUGCUACCCCAGUUACUCGAACUUCUCGGUGACUCGUACAACAUUAUUGGCAUGGAUCCUCGGGGCAUCAACAACAGUGGUCCGCUACUUGAUUGCUUUGACGGAAAACCGUGGCUGAGAGACUACUACUAUGGUCAGCUCUACGACGGUGUUGAUCCACGCAGCAAUGUAUCUAUCAGCAACUACUACGAGACAUCCGGCACAUUCGGCACCUGGUGCACACAGAACCUGAACAAGACGGCCAAGUACGCUAACACGCCUGCGACGGCGAGAGACAUGCUGCAAUAUGCCGAGUUGUUAGCGGAGACUCAGGGCAAGCCGCGCGAAGACGCAAAGGUGGACUUCUACGGUGCCUCUUACGGUACAGUUCUAGGCACCACUUUUGCUGCGCUCUUCCCAGACCGUGUGGGUAAAUUCCUCAUCGACGCUGUGGUCGAUGGUGAUGAUUACUACCACGGCAGCUGGUCGCAGAACAUUCUCCAGGGCGAUGCGUCCGUCGAUGCAUUCUUUAAGACCUGCGCCGAGGCCGGCCCGCUCUGCGCCUUCUAUCGCAAUGGUUCGACCGCUUCCGACAUCAAGGAACGGUUUGACGCCAUCCUCGCAGAUCUGGAAGAAGAUCCGGUGCCCGUGAAUGACCCGCUUUUUGUCGAAUUUCCAACGACUGUCACCCACAUGGACGUCAGGGGUCUCCUCCAGACGGCCGUCUACAAUCCGCCAUCCUUGUUUUCAAUUCUGGCAGCCGUUGCGGACGGGCUUGAAACCCGGAAUGGGUCUCUAGCUGCAUUAUACGCGAGCAAAGGCAUUGCACCCGGGACGAGUAAAUGCGAUUAUACACCAGGAGGCACAGAUACCGUGCUGCCCAAGGAGGUCAUUGCGUGCAAUGACAACAGCAAGAGCUUCAACGGUAGUGAGGAGGCACUUUUCCAGCUCUUCGCAGAGCAGAAGAAACUCAGCACCUAUCUCGGAGACACUUGGCCCAUGGCUGUCGUGCCGCAGUGCCGACUCUUGGAUAUUACACCACCUAAGAGCCAGCUCUUCGCUGGGUUCAAGAAGAUCAACACGAGCACGCCUAUCCUGUUUGCUGAUAACGUUAUCGAUCCUGUGACAAGCUCAUAUGAGUUGAUGUCCGGCUACUUCGAGGGCUCAGCCAUUCUGCUUCAGGAUGCUGUCGGGCACGGCCUCGUGGUAACAUCCUCGAACUGCACUUCGUCGUAUGUGCAGAAGUACUUCAAAACGGGUGAACUGCCACCCAGGAACACGACUUGUGAGACGGAGUUCGACGCUUUCCCGCUGGCUACUGGACUGCAGAAGCGCGGCCUUGCGUCUCAUCACCCUUUGUCUCGCAGGCAUUUCGCUUUGUAA